AUGGAUUAUUUGAAUGCCAAUUUCACGUCUCUUGACGAUUUAGAAGUAUUGGAUGAAAAAAUUUCAAAUUUAGAGAAUGAGAAGUUGGAAGUGAAUAUAUUGGUGAAGAACAAAGUUAAUGGAGAUAGUCAACCAGAUCAAGCAACCAAUGAAGAUUUGAAUGACGUUAUAGACACCCGUAUUGAAUCAAUCCUUGCCCAGAUUGAUGGGUUGUGUAAUUCUGGGUGUAGUUCACAAGAAUCUAAAGAUAAAAUUGAACAACUUCGGUUGGAACAUGGUGACUUGGCUGUAUUCCGUCAAUUGGAUGAUCUUUUCACAAGAAGGGAUAAAGUGAACACUAUAGUGGAGCAUCUUGAACGGGCAAAGGCGGUAGAAGAGUCCCUUGAUUCACUUGUCCCCACUGACACUAAUUCUGUGGAAUUGUACUCCCAAGUGUAUUCAGAGAUUGAACAAAUAAUUUCAUCUUCAUCAUUUGGACCUGAAAUUCAAACAAACCUCUCACAAUUACUCAUCCCGAUCUUUGAUAAAAAGGUUAUUAUCCUUAAGGAUUUGCUUGGACAAAAAUUAUCAGUUAUACUUCAAAAAAUACGAUGGCUUUCACCUAGAACGAGUAACCAUCAAGAUAGCAAUAAUCAACUUAUCAACUCUUCAGACCUCAAGCAAAUCCAAUCUCUUUUACGUGGAUUAGUCCAGCUUCAAGCCAUAAACAGUGUGCCUCAAUAUCCCGAGUCUUGGUGGGCUAUGGAUUAUCUUUUACAACCGUUUAUCAUCAGAUUCCAAUACAAUUUCAUGACUGCGAAAAAGGAAACUAAUAAAGUAUCAAAGCCUGAAUGGGCAUUGGAAUAUGUUGAAGAGUUUAUCCAGGAGAAUUCAGACUAUAUCCAAAUGGUUGUUGGUGAUAUUCUCUCUGAAAGAAAGAGAAUCACCGUAUAUGAAAUUAUUACUACGGUUUUGAAACCAGUGAGAGAGAAAAUGUUGGCCUCCAUGAAUGUUAUCAAUGGUAGUAUUGCCAAACAAGAAUUAGAGACCCAAACUUCUGAUCUUGAGCGAGGAAGUGGUCGUCUUUUAUCUCAUCUUGUUUUCGAACUCACUUCCUUUGAUCAAAGAUUAAGAAAUGUUUACAAAUAUAAUCCAUACAUUGAAGAUUAUAAGGCGGCUGCGCCGUCUAAAAAAUGGAUGGGUCUUACGGGAGAUAUCAUGUUGAAAGGAGGCGAUGCCAAUGUUGGUGGUGUUGCCCUUGCUGCAUCUAAUUGGCUCAAUUUUGAAAGCCAAUUGGCAAACAAAAGGUUCCAAGAAUUACUUGUGUCAGAAAACUCAUUUCUCAUUGAUUUUGAUUUCCAAGCUGCUAUUGAAACUGGUGGUAUUGAUCUGUCCGACUCGACAAGUCAUUUCAAACUGCUUAAGCCAACAUACUCGGCAUACUCUUUAUCUAAAUUGUUUGAUACCCUCACUUCUCAUUACAAGACAUUGAGUAUCGUCAAGUAUCAAUUAAAAUAUGUUUCAAACAUUCAACUCAAACUCUUGGAUGAUUAUUGUGAUGAGUUGCAAUCGCAAUUCAAACGUACAAAUGGGAAUUCUGUACUUAAAUAUAUCCCAGGUGGCAUGAAUUCUGAAUCUACUUCAUCUGGUGAAGGUAUUAUCGAUUCUGAAAGAACUGGAUUGAAAAACUUGCAACAACUUUCUCAAAUCUAUUGUCUGGCUAAAUACAUUGCCAAUAAGUUGGAAUUUUGGAGUGAAGAACUUAUAUUCAUUCAACUAUGGGGCGCUUACAAGUCAAUUGCUUCUGAGUUAAAUGGAGGAGAAAACCAUUUCCUGAAAGAACUGACGAUUUUUGAUUCUUCACUUGCAAGAUAUCAACAAAUUACCUCUAGUGUUCUCUCCAAAUUUGAAGAGUUGUUUGCUAGAGAUAUUCGUACAUUUUUGAAAAAAUAUGUCAAUCAUUCACAAUGGGAUAUAAUCAAUCAUGAUGAAUCUGAACUUAUGGAAGUUUCACCUGAUCUUCUGCCUUUAUUGGUCGGUAUUCCGGAAUAUUUACAUUUCCUUUCUCGUUGUUUAUCCUCGGUGGAUUAUUACAUCUUGAGUGGGAAAAUUGUAUCGAUUAUAUCUCAAACUUUCAUUGAAUUUGUUAUCACCAACAAUAAAUUCGAUCAAGCUGGCUUGGUUCAAUUGCAGACUGAUUUGGACUACGUUUGGUCUACUUUAAGCACCCUUUUGUUCCUACGUGACAAUGAAGACAUCUACAAUAACAAGUUCAAUCCUGGCUACGUUAAGGUCCAUGAAUCGAUUGAAUUGUUGAGAUCAAUUAAACCGAAUGAAGUGGCAAAUUUUGGGAAUUAUGAUUCUUAUCCAAUUCUUAGAGAAAGAUCUAGUACUAAAUUUUCAAGUUUAAGUGAAUUCGAAAUCUUUGAUUUAUUACAUAGAAUUAAAUAA